AUCCAACUUGCUUACGCAAACGCUGGUGGAGGCAUACACGUUUCGCGGGCAAUACCACGUCUCCUCUUUUAUACAGUGGCUUUUCAAGGACGAUCUGGUACAACGGAGGAUGUGCUGGUGUCUCCGAUGGCUUUCUUAGACACCGGAACCAUUGACAACAUGACGCGCAAGAUGGAGAUAGCGCUUCUAGAUGGCAUUGAAUAUUUGGUAAAUGAUAUUGCUCCUCUUACAGCAACAUUUCAGCCAUUUUUUCCCGUAAUUCAGCAGCGCCGUGUAGGUAAGACGGAAAUUGAUGAAAGCGUAGCUAUAGAAAUCCGAGAUGAGGGAUCUGGGGAACAACGCCGUCGACGAAUGUAUGCAUCACAUGUGGACGUGACGAAUGGAAGAAGUAUAAUGCCUGCUGGGAAUUUAGCUCUACGACUUCUUUGUUUUUAG